AUGCUUCGACCCGCCACCCAGGAUGAUCUACCCACUUUACACAUCAUACGAAACGCCGCUCAGGACUCGCUCAUCCAAACUGGGAGUUUGCAAGUCCUGAGCGGUAUCGAGUGUGUGGAGCACUAUAUGCUCUUUUCGAGUUUGCAAUUGGGGCCGAUUGGAAUGUGUCGCCUUGACCCCCGCGCUCCAAGCCAUAUUGAGCCUUGGUUAUCCCCUCGACCGGAUAUAUACCUCUCUUCGCUCAUCGUUCAUCCCAAAUUUCAAUCCCGUGGCUUGGGGAAACAGCUCGUCUCGGAAUUGCAAGUCCUCGGGAAAUCGAUGGCUCUGGAUGUAUGGGCCGGAAAUGACAAAUUGCAAAGGUGGUACCAGCACCUGGGGUGGAAGCAUGUAGCCACCGUGCAAGAAGGAGACCAUGAUCAGACGUACGACGUAGCCGUGUAUGUUUGGCCUUGA